UGGGAAACGGGGGAUGGUCCCUGAGCGGACCUGCGGGCUGUGCUUUUCUGCGGUGCGGCUUCCCGCUCCGCUCUUCGCCAACCGGUUUCUAGAUGAGUCGCAACCCCUCUGAGUGGGUUCUCUGAGGCCGAGGCUCUUAGCCCGUGGCCUUCAUUGCCUGCCAGAGAGGCCGAGAAAGCUUUGCCUUUUUGCUGAGACUCAACUCAAGGUCCCUUGUGUAUACACCGUUCAGUUUUGCAUUAGAUUCUGUUAGAUUUUUAGGGCGAGAAGUUUGUCACAAAAUCAUUUUUAGGCCAGCCCUCUCCUCCUUCUUCCAGAUGAUCUUUUAAUCUCAUGUAGGAAAAAUUUCGAUUUAUGGCAUAUUAAUUUAAUAUAGUACUUUUGUGUAUAGCUUUUUAUGUUGCCACUAAGUAAAAACACAUUUAUAAAAGUUCGGGGGGGUACUGUAAAAGUAUUAAAUUUGUUGCUUUAAUCUCAGAAUGAAAGUAGUGUACUGGGAAAGUAAUUCUAGAGUUUUCCACGCAGUCAUAAGAGAAUAACAUAACAAAAUUACACAAUUAAACCUGGAUAAAGUUGGAAGUUCUUUUAUAUUGGUUAUCUUGUUGGGCAGGAUAUACGAAGACCAGCUGAAUUUUGUUAUUUUCUUAUAUGUUUUAUAAGGCAUUAUUUUAGUUGUGUCCAAAGUUGAAGCGACUUGUUCUCAGUACUGAUUUCUAGCAGUAGAGAAGAAACAAAUUCACAGUGAAAUAACUUCCCCACUCUAAGGAACUGCACAGGAACUGCAUGGGCUCUGAGGUGUUUGUGCAGCACAGAAAACAAACGACUGAUGCCAGAAAGACCUGAGAUGAGAAAUCUUUAAGUAAAAUCGAAUUAAAUCCUCUUACUUGUGAGCACUGUUUAAAACACACUUUGUAAAGUUGUCUGCAGUGCUGACAUUGGAAGUUUUGAUUUCUGUGUUUGAGGAUUGCAGCUUAAAUGUGAUGCCAUGAAAUCCAUUUUUAAUGAAGUCCUGUUGGAGACAGAACUGACACCCACCUUACAUACCACGUUAUACAGUGUCAGAAUUUUCCCAGCUGUCGAUUAUGUAGAAAUAUUUGGGAGGUAGAGGGGCAUGUCUUGACCCACAGCUCAUCCAUAUCUACUACUAAUAAAUCUAAUAAACUGCUGUAAUAGAUUAUGCUAAUUAAAAGCUAGGACUCUUAAAUCUGCUGUAAGUCAGAUAUAAGCCGUCUAUUUCAUGGCUAGGGUUAUGUAUGCCUUGGUCCCAGGGUUUGGACCAGUAAUUGGAAUUGAGUGUAGUUAUAUAUUUAGAUGGAAUUGGGGUGUCAGAACUACUGAUGACAUUUUGAUAGCUUAUUAGAUCUUUUGUGGAUUGGUUAACUGAAAGUAGUAGUUCAACCUCUGAUGAAUUGGAGUAACAUGCGUUUCUGUUUAUCUCAUUCCAAAUACGAUUGAUCCUUUAGGUGUCCUUUUUGAAUAAGAUUCCAGCAUCUGAACAGAAAUGACCUUAAAUGUUGAGAAGCCAUGCAGUCAUGGGACUAUAAAGUACAACUUGUCUUGGUACUUCCUAUAUAAAGUAUAGAAACAUCAUGGGAUAGUUGUUGUGGGACAUAAGCGCUGGUUUCCUACAGUGGUAACUAUUUAUUUUUCAGCUAGUGUGUGACUGAAAUGUGGCAAUAACUGCAUCUACCUGUGAGAGUCAGAUCUGGAGUACCCUGUGAUAUGAUUAUUUGUAUACCUUCAACAUAACAGCAUUAUUUGCUGCUCAUCUAAGGACUGAUGACUGUAAAAACUUACGGUAUUUUUAGUCUGGUUUUGACUCCAGAAGCUCACCAGAAUGUGUUUGAAUUCCUGCAGAAAUAAUGUUGAUAUUUGGAACCCAUGUCGAACUUCUAUGAAGAAAGGGCAACGAUGAUUGCAGCCAGGGAUUUGCAGGAAUUUGUUCCUUUCGGUCGAGACCACUGCAAGCACCAUCCUAAUGCUUUGAACCUUCAGCUUCGCCAGCUGCAGCCAGCCUCUGAGUUAUGGUCCUCUGAUGGUGCUGCUGGCUUGGUGGGAUCCCUUCAGGAGGUCACAAUCCACGAGAAACAGAAGGAAAGCUGGCAGUUAAGGAAAGGCAUAAGUGAAAUUGGAGAAGAAGUGGACUAUGAUGAGGAACUCUAUGUGGCUGGAAAUAUGGUAAUCUGGAGCAAAGGAAGUAAAAGCCAGGCCUUGGCUGUUUAUAAAGCAUUUACAGUUGACAGUCCUGUUCAACAGGCAUUGUGGUGUGACUUCAUUACAUCACAGGAUAAGUCUGAAAAGGCCUACAGUGGUGAUGAAGUGGAAAAAUGCAUAUGCAUAUUGCAAAGCUCAUGCAUUAACAUGCAUAGCAUAGAAGGAAAGGAUUACAUAGCUUCCUUGCCGUUUCAGGUUGCAAAUGUUUGGCCCACCAAAUAUGGACUGUUGUUUGAACGAAGCAGUUCUUCACAUGAAGUGCCUGCAGUUCCACCCAGAAAACCUUUACCCACACUGUUCAGCAUGCUGCACCCACUAGAUGAAAUAACACCACUUGUUUGUAAAUCUGGAAGUCUUUUUGGUUCAUCACGGGUGCAAUAUGUUGUAGAUCAUGCGAUGAAAAUUGUUUUCCUCAAUACUGACCCCUCUAUUGUAAUGACGUAUGACACUGUUCAAGGGUUGCAUUCUGUGUGGGCUCUCCGGAGAGUCAAACCAGAGGAAGAGAAUGUUGUUUUGAAGUUCUCUGAACAGGGAGGAACCCCGCAGAAUGUGGCCACUAGCAGCUCCCUCACAGCUCACCUCAGAAGCCUCUCCAAAGGAGAUUCUUCUGUGACUUCACCUUUCCAGAAUUACUCUUCUAUCCACAGUCAGAGCCGCUCAACCUCAUCACCCAGUCUACACUCUCGCUCACCUUCUAUUUCCAACAUGGCAGCUCUAAGUCGUGCUCAUUCUCCUGCCUUAGGAGUGCACUCUUUUUCAGGGGUGCAGAGGUUCAACCUUUCAAGUCAUAAUCAGUCUCCGAAAAGACACAGUAUUUCGCAUUCUCCAAAUAGUACUUCUAAUGACUCCUUUUUUGCGCCAGAAACAGAGCCAAUUGUUCCUGAACUUUGUAUUGACCAUUUGUGGACAGAAACAAUUACUAAUACAAGAGAGAAACAUUCACAGGCCUCAAAAGUGUUCAUUACAUGUGACCUAUGUGGGCAAAAGUUCUUGUGCUUUUUCGUAGAGUCCCAGUUCCAGUUACGCUGCGUGAAGUUUCAAGAGAGUAAUGAUAAAGCCCAGCUCAUCUUUGGCUCUGUCACCAACAUACAGGCAAAGGAUGCAGCACCAGUGGAGAAAAUAGAUACCAUGCUGAUCCUGGAAUGUGGUGGAAACCUGGUGCUGUACACAGGAGUGGUACGGGUAGGAAAGGUUUUUAUUCCUGGACUGCCAGCUCCUUCCUUGACAAUGUCCAACACAAUGCCACGGCCCAGCACUCCACUUGACAGCAUCAGUACUCCAAAGCCUCUUAGUAAACUACUUACAUCCUUGGAUGAGGUUGUUCUGUUGUCUCCAGUUCCAGAACUAAGGGAUUCUUCAAAACUUCAUGAUUCUCUCUAUAAUGAGGAUUGUACUUUCCAACAGCUUGGAACUUACAUUCAUUCUAUAAGAGACCCUGUCCAUAACAGAGUAACUUUAGAACUGAGUAACGGCUCCAUGGUUAGGAUCACUAUUCCUGAAAUUGCCACCUCUGAAUUAGUACGAACAUGUUUGCAAGCAAUUAAGUUUAUCCUGCCAAAAGAAGUAGCAGUUCAGAUGCUUGUCAAGUGGUACAAUGUCCACAGUGCUCCAGGAGGACCCAGUUAUCACUCAGAAUGGAAUUUAUUUGUGACUUGUCUCAUGAACAUGAUGGGUUAUAACACAGACCGCUUAGCAUGGACCCGAAACUUUGACUUUGAAGGAUCACUUUCCCCAGUCAUUGCACCCAAAAAAGCAAGGCCUUCUGAGACCGGAUCUGAUGAUGACUGGGAAUAUUUACUAAAUUCAGACUACCACCAGAAUGUUGAGUCUCAUCUUUUGACUAGAUCUUUAUGUUUGAGUCCUUUGGAAGUUUCACAGAUGAAGGAUGAGGAAUUUUCACAGAACUUAAGUCUGGAUUCUUCUACACUUCUCUUCACUCACAUACCUGCAAUUUUUUUUGUUCUUCAUCUUGUCUAUGAGGAGCUUAAGUUGAAUACUCUAAUGGGAGAAGGAAUUCGUUCACUUGUUGACCUUCUUGUUCAGUUGGCAAGGGACUUAAAAUUGGGGCCUUAUGUCGAUCAUUACUAUAGAGACUACCCAGCGCUUGUCAGAACUACUGGGCAAGUGUGUACAAUCGAUCAAGGUCAAACAGGAUUUAUGCAUCAUCCAUCAUUUUUUACUUCUGAGCCACCAAGUAUUUAUCAGUGGGUGAGUUCUUGUCUGAAGGGCGAAGGAAUACCACCCUAUCCUUACCUCCCUGGAAUCUGUGAAAGAAGCAAACUUAUAGUCUUGAGUAUGGCACUCUACAUACUUGGUGAUGAGAGCUCUGUUUCUGAUGAAGCCUCACAGUAUUUAUCCAGAAUAACUAUAGCCCCCCAAAAUUUGCAAGCAGAACAAGAGGAAAACAGAUUUAGUUUCAGGCAUUCUACAUCAGUGUCUAGCCUAGCUGAAAGAUUAGUUGUCUGGAUGACUAAUGUAGGCUUUACUUUAAGAGAUUUGGAGACUCUUCCCUUUGGAAUUGCACUUCCCAUCAGAGAUGCAAUUUAUCACUGCCGUGAGCAGCCUGCUUCAGACUGGCCAGAAGCCGUCUGUCUCUUGAUUGGACGUCAGGACCUUUCCAAGCAGGCCUGUGAAGGAAACUUACCCAAAGGGAAAUCUGUGCUCUCAUCAGAUGUUCCUUCAGGAACAGAAGCUGAGGAAGAAGAUGAUGGCAUGAAUGACAUGAACCAGGAGGUUAUGUCAUUAAUAUGGAGCGAAGAUUUAAGGGUGCAGGAUGUGCGAAGACUUCUUCAAAGUGCGCAUCCUGUCCGCGUCAAUGUAGUACAAUACCCAGAACUCAGUGACCACGAGUUCAUUGAAGAAAAAGAAAACAGAUUGCUCCAGUUGUGUCAGCGAACUAUGGCCCUCCCAGUGGGAAGAGGGAUGUUUACCUUGUUUUCAUACCAUCCGGUUCCAACAGAACCAUUGCCUAUUCCUAAAUUGAAUCUGACUGGCCGGGCCCCUCCUCGGAACACAACAGUGGACCUUAACAGUGGAAAUAUCGAUGUGCCUCCCAACAUGACAAGCUGGGCCAGCUUCCAUAAUGGUGUGGCUGCCGGCCUGAAGAUAGCCCCUGCCUCCCAGAUCGACUCGGCUUGGAUUGUUUACAAUAAGCCCAAGCAUGCCGAGUUAGCCAAUGAGUAUGCUGGCUUUCUCAUGGCCCUGGGUUUGAAUGGGCACCUUACCAAGCUGGCCACUCUCAACAUCCAUGACUACUUGACCAAGGGCCAUGAAAUGACAAGCAUUGGACUGCUGCUUGGUGUUUCUGCUGCUAAACUGGGCACCAUGGAUAUGUCAAUUACUAGGCUUCUUAGCAUUCACAUUCCUGCUCUCCUCCCUCCAACUUCCACAGAACUCGAUGUCCCUCACAACGUCCAAGUGGCUGCGGUGGUCGGCAUCGGCCUUGUGUAUCAAGGGACAGCUCACAGGCAUACUGCAGAAGUCCUGUUGGCUGAAAUAGGACGCCCCCCUGGCCCUGAGAUGGAGUACUGCACUGACAGAGAGUCAUAUUCUUUAGCCGCUGGCUUGGCCCUGGGCAUGGUUUGCUUGGGGCAUGGCAGUAAUUUGAUAGGUAUGUCUGAUCUCAAUGUGCCCGAGCAGCUUUAUCAGUACAUGGUUGGAGGUCAUAGACGCUUUCAAGCAGGAAUGCACAGGGAGAAGCAUAAAUCUCCAAGUUAUCAAAUCAAAGAAGGAGAUACCAUAAAUGUGGAUGUGACUUGUCCAGGUGCCACUCUAGCUUUGGCUAUGAUCUACUUAAAAACCAAUAACAGAUCCAUUGCAGAUUGGCUCCGAGCUCCCGACACCAUGUAUUUGCUGGACUUUGUGAAACCAGAAUUUCUCUUACUUAGGACACUUGCUCGAUGCCUGAUUUUGUGGGACGAUAUUUUACCAAAUUCCAAGUGGGUUGAUAGCAACGUUCCUCAAAUUAUCAGAGAAAAUAGUAUCUCUCUCAGUGAAAUUGAAUUACCUUGCUCUGAGGAUUUGAAUUUGGAAACUUUGUCGCAAGCACAUGUCUACAUAAUUGCAGGGGCCUGUUUGUCUCUGGGUUUUCGAUUUGCUGGCUCAGAAAACUUAUCAGCGUUUAACUGCUUGCAUAAAUUUGCAAAAGAUUUUAUGACUUAUUUGUCUGCACCUAAUGCUUCUGUAACAGGUCCUUACAACCUAGAAACUUGCUUGAGUGUGGUGCUGCUGUCUCUUGCCAUGGUGAUGGCUGGCUCGGGGAAUCUGAAGGUUUUGCAGCUUUGCCGCUUCUUGCACAUGAAAACAGGUGGUGAAAUGAACUAUGGUUUCCACUUAGCCCACCACAUGGCCCUUGGGCUUCUGUUUUUGGGAGGAGGAAGGUACUCUUUGAGCACAUCCAACUCUUCCAUUGCCGCUCUCCUCUGUGCUCUUUACCCACACUUCCCAGCUCAUAGCACUGACAACCGGUAUCAUCUCCAGGCUCUCCGGCACCUGUACGUCCUGGCUGCAGAACCAAGGCUUCUAGUGCCUGUGGAUGUGGACACAGACAUGCCCUGCUAUGCCCUGUUAGAAGUUACCUACAAGGGCACUCAGUGGUAUGAACAAACCAAAGAAGAAUUGAUGGCUCCUACCCUUCUUCCAGAACUCCACCUUUUAAAGCAGAUUAAAGUUAAAGGCCCAAGAUACUGGGAACUGCUCAUAGAUCUAAGCAAGGGAACACAGCACUUGAAAUCAAUCCUUUCCAAGGAUGGGGUUUUAUAUGUUAAGCUGAGGGCUGGUCAGCUCUCCUACAAGGAAGAUCCAAUGGGAUGGCAAAGUUUGUUGGCCCAGACUGUUGCUAACAGGAACUCUGAAGCUCGGGCUUUCAAGCCAGAAACUAUUUCAGCAUUCACUUCUGACCCAGCACUUCUGUCAUUUGCUGAAUAUUUCUGCAAACCAACUGUGAACAUGGGUCAGAAACAGGAAAUUCUGGAUCUCUUUUCUUCAGUACUCUAUGAAUGUGUUACUCAGGAGACCCCGGAGAUGUUGCCUGCAUACAUAGCGAUGGAUCAGGCUAUAAGAAGACUAGGAAGAAAAGAAAUGUCUGAGACAUCUGAGCUUUGGCAGAUAAAGUUGGUGCUAGAGUUUUUCAGCUCCAGAAGCCAUCAGGAGCGACUACAGAACCACCCCAGCCGAGGGCUCUUCAUGAACUCUGAAUUUCUCCCUGUUGUGAAGUGCACUAUUGAUAAUAGUCUGGACAGGUGGCUACAAGCUGGGGGUAAUGUGUGUGUACAAGCCUAUCUCAGUAGGCAGCCCUUUGAAGAAUCUCAGCUGAGCAUGCUGGCCUGUUUCCUCGUCUACCACUCAGUGCCAGCUCCACGGCACCUGCCAUCUAUUGGACUAGAAGGGAGCACAAGCUUUGCUGAAUUACUCUUCAAAUUUAAACAGCUGAAAAUGCCAGUGCGAGCUCUGCUAAGAUUGGCUCCUUUGCUCCUUGGAAAUCCACAGCCGAUGGUUAUGUGAUCAUGUCUGGUGGUACAUCUGCCCUGAAACAUGACUUCUGCACAAAAUGUGACCAAACAUCAAAGCUAAGAAAAAUUAUAAUUUUUAUAAUAUAACUAGAGGGAAAUGAGCUGCACGAACCUCCAUGUAUUUUAAAAUCUAAGUGGCUCCAGAGAAGAUGUUACUGUCAGCAUUGACAUUAUAUGCUAUAUAAAAGUCAAUUAAAAUUUACUUUUGUAAAUAAAGAUUUUUGGUUUGUUUUCAAAACUUUUGGUGAUUGCUUUAGUUUUGGGCUUUAGAGAAUAAUAGAGUGAUUGGGGUUAGAGUAAAAUAUUGGUUUUUAAAGUUUUUGAACUAUGGUGAUUCAGAUGAAAUGAAUUUAUUCUAAAAAAUGCAGUUUAUUAAGCAGCUAGAUCAUAAAGUUUACUUUUUGCAACAACAAACAAGUUUUUAUAAUUUCCUAAAAUGUCACAGUUGUUCUGUCUAAAAUAAGUUUGUUUCUCACGGUAUGAUCGCCUUAAACAACAAGGAGAUUUUUACCCAAAUGAAGAAUUGCCCUAAAUAAACCAAAACCAAACCCUUUGCUGUCAAGUCGAUUCCGACUCAUAGCAACCCUACAGGACAGAGUAGAACUGCCCCGUAGGGUUUCCAAGGAGUGCCUGGUGGAUUUGAACUGCCAAUCUUUUUUGGUUAGCAAACAUAGCUCUUAACCACCACAACACCAGGGUUUCCACCCAAAAUAAAGCCUGAUCUAAAUAGAAGAAGUAAGAAAUUUAUGCUACAGAGGGAUCUUCAGAAAUUGCAUAUAAAAAUAAUGUGAAAGAGUCCAUUUC